AUGGCCGAAGGCGGCGCCAAGGUGCGCCUCGCCAAUGUGUACAUUCUGCGCGAGGCACGGACGCCAAAAACGUGCGGGAUCUGCCGCAAGCCGACCGUGUACGUGCUGUCGUCAGAAAGUGCACCGAUGUUGGACAACAUGUACAUCUGUGGCUCGCACACGAGCGAUCGUGCGCUGGUCACGCGCCUCGAUGCGGGGAAGGCGCCGGGGCCCAGCACCGAGGACGUGGACCGUGUCGUGAAAGAGUGGAAGGACAAGCAGGUAGAAGAGGUCAAGGCCAAGCACGACGACCGUGCAUCCGACAAGGACAACUCGGCCAAGGACAAGAGCAGCGCCGAGGACAAGGCCGGCCGGGCGGACCAACCGGAAGCGACGGCGCCCGCUGUGCCCAGCGUCCCGAUCCACGGGCGCUUUGCGCUGCACCGCGAGUUUUACGCACAGCGCGUGCGCCAGCUUAUGCCCCGCAAGGCGCCUGCGCCCGCGUUUCCCACCGUGCCUGGCGGUGUAUUUCACUAG